AGCAUUUGAUUUUGUGUUCAGCCCGAGUUUUAAGAUUGGGCGCCUUUGAAAUUAAACAACCCAAAGUUACGCCUUUGAAAUUAAACAACCCAAAGUUACUUUUGGAGUGAGGAUCUUAUAUGUUGAACCUUUUUGACUCAUAAACCCCAGUUUCGAGGGCUCUGAGUACGCUACGCACGUCUCCAAUUUAGGUCAGUAGAAUCUGCUUCUUCUCCCUGCAACGAGGAUUCAUAUUGAUUGAUGGACACCCAUAAAGAAUCUCGGGAUCGUGGCCUUUACGGUUUAGUCAAUAAAAUUGGUUAUGCAUUUGGAAUGGGAGCUAUUGGAGGUUCUGUAUAUCAUUUCAUAAAAGGGGCAUACAAUUCCCCAAUAGGUGGUCGUUUGGUCGGAGGUGCACAAGCAGCGAACAUGAAUGCUCCUCGUUUGGGAGGCAGAUUUGCUGCAUACGGAGGCUUGUUCUCAGCAUUUGACUGCACACUGGUGUACAUCAGGAAGAAGGAAGAUCCAUGGAACUCAAUCAUGGCAGGUGCUGCUACAGGAGGGUUUCUUUCUCUGCGGCACGGGAUUGUUGCAGCUUCUACAUCAGCGGUUAUGGGAGGGGUUUUGUUUGGUUUGUUCACAGGGUCUGCGUUAAUGAACAAGUAAAGCUUUUUUGGGUUGUGAUUGUUGACUGAUGACUAAUGAGAGCCUCUCUCUCUCUCUCUCUCUGGGUUGUGUUUGAUGCGUUUUCUAAAAUUUUCGCGUUUAGAUCUUCAUGGUCCUUACUAAAAUGUACUCCAAAGUAACUAUUUCAUCAGUAUUAAUAGAUUUUGUAGCACGACUAUGUUGGAUAUCUUCCGAUCAUUUUUGUGUAAACAUUAUCAAGGAUAUACUUUUGGAUCUUCAA